AUGGCACCCACAGCAACGGGUCCAACUCCCUCCACCACCACUGCUGGCACCACCACUGCUGGCACCACCACUACCUCCGCCACCCCUGCCACCGCCUCCACCUCCAGCCUAGAAGAAGCAAACCAACGUUACCAAGCCACCAAACUCUCCCUUCGAACCGGUCUGGCCACUAAACGUCUAAUCGAUCGAUCUCUCAUCGACCUCGAAUCUCAAAUCUAUCUUUUUGAAGGCUCCUACCUACAAUCCACCUCCACAUCCGGUGGUAACAUUGUCAAAGGAUUCGAUAGCUAUCUCAAAAACUCUUCUUCUGGUGCAGGUGGAGGUAGAAGUAGUAGUUCGAACAAUGUUUUACUUGAUAUCCCGCUCGAGGAUCGCAUUUUCAGUUUGUCGUCAGCAACGUAUCAGAAAAGUUUAGAGUUGAAGGCGAACGAAGGCUUAGAACCGGAGGAACCCGCGUCCAGUAGUAAUACGCCAAAGGCGAAUAAGAGUGGGGGUAUCGGAGAGGAGGGGAUGGGGACAGGGGGGAAGAAAAAGAAAGAGAAAGAGAAAGAGACGGCGGUGGGGACUCCGGCGGGAGGGAAAGAGGGAGGAGCGGGGGGAGUCGUGGUAGGGGGAACGGGGAAGAAGAAGAAAGAUAAGGAUGGGAUGAAGGAGAAAGAAAGAAGCCAAACUCCUAAUCUCAAACUAACAAGUGGUGGUGGCAAGGCAGGAGAUGGAGGCGGUAGUGCCAGUGCUACUCCUACAAAGGGGACAUGUGGGGGUGGGAAAGCGAUUGGCUCCACUGGGACAAAGUUGAAGCGCAAGAUCACAGAUGUAGGCGCCGGUGCAAGUGAAAAAGGUGGAGCGACGCCCGGUGGGAAAGCUGGCAAGCGGAAGAAGGAUGAUGAUUAG